AUGCUGAAAUCGAUUUAUCCCGAGGCGCCGCUCGUUGGAACUCGGCAUGUCUCAAGCAGACGUCACCAUGGAGGUGCUCGUCUGCGUGGACAGGCUGUGCAGCCCAGACAAUGCCCAACACCGCCGCCCAUCGGUGUGAUCGGCCCAGCGAAAGACCCCACAGGUGUUCCUCCGCUGGAACUUCCACAGCCAGCCGUCGAUGAUGACUUUCCCCCUCACCCGAUGGUCACGGAAGUGGAGGAAUACUCGCAAAACGGUGUUGCUUCGGCAUGUGCGAAGUCAGGCAGGAAGAGUGAGCACGCGGCGGCCACUGGUGUCCCACGAGUUUUUUGUCGCUCACGGUAUUUUGGGGGUCUGAAGAAUUGGACGGUUGUGUCUGUGUCAGGCACUAUUUUUCUUUUCACACUCAGGAGUGUCACAUGCGCGUGCAAAGCCCUCACGCGCGUGGCCUUGUUUGUUGCAUCGGAGUUUUUUGUUGCGCAGGCGAAAGUGCCUCCCCGCGUUUCCAGGGCUGAUGGGCCCCGUCCAUGGUUAUUACAAUGCUUUUUUGUUCCCGGUGUUCGGUGGCCGUGCUGCUUUGCGACGCGUUUCCAUCCCGAGCCUUCUCUUACGAAGAAAGGUAACGCGCUUGGCGUUGUCACUCGGGACAGCGGAACGCUCAGUGGCUUGUGCCUCACACUCCAGCUGCUUAACAUGGUAUCUUGUCUGCCAGCGAUGCUUUUAUGA